UCAUAUCACGUUCACAAAUCAGAACCAAAGAGAAAACAGAGCAUAAACAUAGAGAAAGAAGAGUAGAGUAGAGAAGAACAGAAAAAGAGAAGAAGAAGAAGAAGAAGGCAUGGCCAAAUCACCUGAAACUGAACUCCCUCUCAAAGCUUUUGGUUGGGCUGCUAGAGACACUUCUGGUGUCCUGUCUCCCUUCCAUUUCUCCAGAAGGGAAAAUGGCGAUGAUGAUGUUGCUAUCAAGAUACUGUUUUGUGGGGUUUGCCAUUCUGAUCUGCACACGAUUAAGAACGAUUGGGGUUUCACUACUUAUCCUGUUGUUCCCGGGCAUGAAAUUGUUGGGGUUGUGACAAAAACUGGAAACAAUGUGACAAAAUUCAAGGUGGGUGAUAAAGUUGGAGUUGGUGUGAUAGUGGACUCUUGCAAGUCAUGUGAGAAUUGUGAUCAGGAUCUGGAGAAUUACUGCCCUCAACCUGUGUACACCUAUAAUUCUCCUUACAAUGGGACGCGAACCAAUGGUGGCUAUUCUGAUUUUGUGGUUGUUCACCAGCGCUACGUGCUUCAAUUUCCUGAUAAUUUACCCCUUGAUGCGGGUGCACCACUACUGUGUGCUGGGAUCACUGUGUAUAGCCCAAUGAAGUAUUAUGGGAUGACAGAGCCAGGGAAACACUUGGGAGUGGCAGGGCUUGGUGGUUUAGGCCAUGUUGCAAUCAAAUUUGGUAAAGCAUUUGGGCUGAAAGUUACUGUCAUCAGCACCUCUCCAAACAAGGAAGCUGAGGCCAUUGAAAAGCUUGGGGCUGAUUCUUUCCUUGUUUCCACUGAUCCUGCCAAAAUGAAGGCAGCUCUGGGAACCAUAGACUAUAUCAUAGACACAAUAUCUGCUUCUCAUUCCCUGAUUCCACUGCUUGGCCUACUGAAGCUGAAUGGGAAACUGGUCACUGUGGGGUUGCCUGGCAAGCCUCUUGAGUUGCCUGUCUUUCCAUUAGUUGCAGGGAGGAAGCUUGUAGGGGGAAGCAACUUUGGAGGGAUAAAGGAGACUCAGGAAAUGCUUGAAUUCAGUGCAAAGCACAACAUAGCUGCAGAUAUUGAGCUGAUUAAGAUAGAUGAAAUCAACACAGCCAUGGAAAGGCUCAGCAAAGCUGAUGUCAAAUAUCGCUUUGUGAUUGAUGUGGCCAACUCCUUCUCAAGCCUGUAGGCACCCGCACCUUCAUUCUUAAACUCUUGAAGCCUUGGAUGUUUCAUUGUAUUGGGAAUAGUUGAGAUUAGUGUGAGAUGUUGAACUUCAGACUUGAGAAUGUCCUCUCUGUUUUAUGCGAUUAAAUAAAGUAGUCUUAGACUUUGGAAUUUAUAUUAUGUUUGCUUCAUCUCAUAAAGUUCUACAACUAAAAA